AAAACAUAUUACAUACACAUGUCCUGUUUGUUUAGUAUUUUAUUCGAAAUUUGUAAGCGUACAAAGUUUUUUAGAUUUCUUUAUCGUAUAUUUUCGAAAGUGUUUCAAACUAAUGAUAUUAUUAGGACACUGUAAAAAAUAUGAAGAUUUUAAUUUUUCUCAACACACUGUUUCUAAUGGCGGAAUGUAUAAAACAAUUAGUUGACCUAAGGUAUAGAAAAGAAUUAACUACGAGUACAAUUCGUGAUUACAUAAAUUCGGCCGACAAUAGUCUGAUUUUAUUACAUGCAAUAAAUGGAGGAUUUGAUGACAAAUCCCCUUUAUACGGAUCAAGUAGUACAUCAACAACUUUAAAAGAAAAACUUUAUGACUUCUUUAACUCCUUCAACGUUAUGAAUAAAGUGUUUAUGGAAAGAGCCUUUGGUUUUUUACUGAAAAAUAUCCAUUUAUAUUGUCGUCUCUCGAUGAACCUUAUUACUUUGCAGAACCCAGAAAUUUUGAAGGACGAAUUAAUUAAUGCUAUUAGACUUCGAGAAGAUCAAGAAUACUGUAUUUGUUCAUACCUUUACGAUUACGGAUACGAUGUCGGACUGGUACUUCGCGCUCUAUAUUAUUUGAAAACGUUUACUGAAACCGAUAUCCCUCGUAUAGAGGAUCAGUUAAUGCAUUUAAUGCGUUUAAUAGGUGAUUUUCCAGGAUACCGAUACGCCGGUUAUAUUACUAACGAGAGAAAUAGCAUACGUGAUGAAUUUCUAGACCUUACACCAUUGGAACAAUUGAAAUAUAUAAACGACAGAAUUUAUUUUACUGGCAGCGAGUCAUGUAGAAUCAGUCCACCAUUAAUUGGUAACGAUAUUAUGUUUAACACGGCAGAGGCCGAAUCCGAUUUAUUCUUGCAAUAUGUGUUUGAAACCGAAAAAUGUCUCGUGACUGUAAGUAUAUCAAUUGCUGUCGUUUCUAAAAGUGUUCAUAUUUUUUUUCAUCAAAUUAAAAUAUAUAAUUUAAAAUUAUCGAUACUUUUAGUUUGAGACCGAUACCGAAAGAAUACUUCCUUCGGAAAAAAACCAUAUCGACUCCUGGAACUGUAGACAAAUUUUGGUAUGUAACCAUACAAUUUUAACAAAUUUAUACAAUUCUUUGAAAUCAGGCACUAAAACCAAAACCCAAAGAAUUAAUUCUCGAUGAAAAUUUGAUAAUUAGACAUAUAUUAAAAUCCAAAUCAAUGUUUCGUAAUUUGAAAAACCGGAAACAUACAUUUGUGCAGUAAUUUUAGGUUCUUAUUGAAUAUUGAUAAUACAAACAAAAAAAGAUUAAAUCUUAAGCAUUUCAGACUUGGAAUUAAUUUUUUUGAGUUUGAUUUUUUUCGUUUAUCAAUUUUUAAUAAUGAGUUGCUUCAUAAGACAAAAUAAUUUUUUUAUUUUUACCAAGUUAUAAGUAUGUUCCCAGUAGAGGACUUCGGUUGUUUACUGAGUCAAAAUAAUAUUAUUAGUAUUAAUUUUUGAAAAAAAUUAUGAUUCAACAAUAUAUUUAUAUUUAUAAUAACCAACAAUAUUUUACCAAAAUUUCCAAAAGUGUUUUAUGGUAAACUUAAACGUGAUAAGAGUAAAGUUGUUAAUUUUAUGAUUUCUGUAUACUAUAUAAUCUAUAGAUGCACAAUAUGCACUUUUAAUACCAUAAAUCAAUUUUAAAUGGUGAUAAACAGCAUUUAAUAAAAUGUCCUUUUUACAGGGAUUCAGGUCUGAAAGGGUUAAAAAAAUUAUUGCAAAUAAUAAACUAUAAUAUUUGUAAAACAUGAAUUUGCAUUUCAUGAAAAUAACACAGACAAAAAUGUAUUGUUUUCAGACUACCGGAAAUCAAUUCAAUUCUAAUAAUUUUAAAAAAUUAACUAAUUGAAAGUUGGAACUUGUAUUUUCCGAAAACGAUAUUCCUAAAAACAGACCAGGAACGAAAAUUUUAAUUUCACAUUAUCCGGAACUACUAUUAAAAUCUUCUUGAGAACCUUCUUGGAACUAGAACCUAUAAAUCAUUAAGCUUCCGGUCCACGUUUGGAACUAUGAAUUACAAAUAAAUAUUUUUUUUAUUAUAAUUUUGAACAAACUUGUUAUCAAUUUUUAAAUCUUUAACAUAAUUAACUUAAUUUUAACUGUAACUGCGUGAAUUUUCUAUAUAAUUAUGCGGAUCAAAAUAUAUGAGUACCUAUGCAUGUAAAAUUGCCUAUAUGCAACAAGAUUUUAUGUGAAAAGUGUAAAUUGAAGAAUAGGUUUUACACAAAAUUGUUUAAUGGAAAUUUGAUUAUUUGAUAAUUUGAUAUUUUAUAAAUAAAAUACAAUUGUAUGGUAGAUUAAAUAUCUGAUUUAUUUAUAUAAUUAUAAAUUUAAAUAAAUGCCCUUUACCAGUUACUUAAAUAAACUAUUUUAAUAAUUUUGUUUUUACUUUAUUAUUUUAUUACUUCAAUUAAUAGACAUUAGUUUAAAUAUUACUAUUAUAUAUUUUGAUGCAAAAUUAUAAAGACAUUCAAAUCGCGAAAUUUUCAUAAAACUUAUCCACCUAUUAUAAUUUGGAAAAGAAACUAUAGGCGUUUUCAAUAUUAAAAAUUUAACAACCAAUUAAAAAAAAAAAAAAUACAUUGUAAUGUUUUUGAGUUUUAAUAACGAAAAUUAAAGUUACAAGAUUUGACCUAAUAUUAUUUUAAGCUAAGCAUGGAAAUCUAUCGAAUAAGAUUAUUUUCCACUUACUUUAUGUAGCUAAAUAUUCGCAAUUAAUUGUAAAUCAUACAUGCUAUUGAUUGUAUCAUAAAAAUCAAUGAUAAACAAAAUCAUAAUCAUACGCGUUCUAAAUUAUAUAAAACUGUUUUUGUAUAGGAAUCCAAUGAAUACAGAUAUGACAUUUAUCUAAAAAACCAUACAUGUACAAAUGAAAAACAAGUAAUAUUUUUAUAUUCGUUUAACUUUUUAUAAUCUUUGUAUCGAUAAUAUUAAAUUUGUUUUAUAUAUUUAAGUAGAUGUAGCUUGGAAAUAAUUAUGCAAUGAGUGUUAAAUUACCAAAAAUGCGAAAAAGAGGUUAUAAUGUUGAUAGGUAUGCAAUUGUAUUAGGUGGGAAGUGAAUUCAUAAAUGUAUAAGAUUUAUAACUGUAAACAACAAUAAAUUACUGCUGAUCAAAUAAGACUAAAGCGGAGUUUGUUUAUCAUAUUUACGUUUUUCUGAUAAUUUAAAAUUAAAUCCUUUAUAAUAAAAACUACUUCAAUAAGCUCAACAUUUUUUUUAUUACCACUACGAACUUUUUAAAAUGAAACUCGUGUAAAACGUUCAUGCAUAUUUAUUUGAUUAUACAGUAUUGUAUUAUAACCUAUAUAUUGCUCGUUCCGCUUAAAGUCUACAAUUUUUAUGAUCGAAGUUGCAAUAAAGAAACAUGUAAGAACUAACGAAAACUGUAUGUAUGUUAUUCGAAAAAAUAGCAUCAAUAUUAGGUAUAGACAAAUAUGAUGUCAUAAAAUAACGAUUCGGAAUAUAAUUAUAAAAAGAGAUUUUAUUAUGAAGAAGUAUCUAUGGAGGUUUGAAAAAUAUUUAGUGGGACGAUUAUAUACUCUAUAUUACUACCAUCUCACAUAAAAAAUUAACACGCCCAUCAGAAAUAUAAGCUAACCACUGCAGGUUUAACAAGUUAAUUUUAAAACAUGUAAAUGUUUACCGGUGUAUUUUCCCAUAAAUGAAUUUCAGAAUAAAAAAUGUAAUAAAUACUUUGAUAACUAAAUAAAUUAUAUUCCUUAUUAUUCUGUGUUAUAAACGUGUAAGUGUAUGUUUGUGAAAUAAUCACGAAACAAUGGCUGAACGGAUAUGAAUGAAUAUGUGCACAUGUAAAAUAAGUUCUGUAUUAACACAAAUGAUAUUCUUUAAGUUCAGCUCGUGAUGGGUGGCAUACAUAGAUUUUUGGUAUUUUCGAAACGAAAAAUGCAUUAUUUUUGUAUUUGUCGAUUUAUGAUUACUUUGGCAACAAGGUUUAGUUUAUUGCGUCUUCACGGGGAAAAAAGUACUCAUCAAACAAAAUAUUUCUAUGUAUAUUAUCAGCCAACAAAAAUAACAGUGAUAUGAUGAGGUGGACACCGAAAACACAGGAAAACACGGGGCGAAACGAAUCUAUAUUUUAAUAUUGUUUACUCUCAAUACUGUGCACGGGUAAAUCCAUGCGGGACAGCAAUCGGGUCUAGACAUUUCGGCGUGGUCAAAUCGGCUUGGGUCAAUUUUGACGUAAAGAUUUUUUUCAUAAAAUGAUUAUAAGCAAUACCAUAUAAAGUAGUUGAUAAGAUAAUGAUUUUAAGCAUAAUAAUAUAAUAAAAUUCCAGACGUGUUUAAAGUAAGAGGUUUUAAUGAAAAAUUCAAAUUUUUUUCACAAAAUACGAAAAUGUUAUUUUAAUUUGGAUUUCCAUUGGUUACAUGGAAGAUAACCUUUUGGCAUUAUUUUGUACUUCAAAUCCAUAUAUAUACGAGUAUAUUUGGUUGUCACAGGAAAAGAAAUCACUUUUUAAAGUAUAUUAAACAGUUGUGUAUUUGGUUUUUGGUUAUAGAAUCAAAUCUACUAAUUAUACAAACACUAUCAAUUAAUUUCCCAAAAGAUCAUUUUUUUUUUUCGUUCAAUACUGUGCACGGAAAAACCGGGUUAUCCAUUAAUUACAAUAUUUAAUUUAAAACUAAUUGAAAUAAUUCAACUCUAAAACAACUCUUUUUUCCGAGCUUAAGCUCAUAUGCUCCAGAACGAACCCCUAAAAGUGUCCAAAUGUAACGAACAAAAAUAUGUACAUUUGCAUGGAAUCAAUGUAUAUUAUACAAUGAAUGAUGAUGAAAUUAUUGUUUGUAAUAUGUUUUGUUUAUUUCUAUUUAAAAAAAUUGAAAAAAAAAUAAUAAUAUGUACAAUAUAUGGAACUAUAAUUACUAUUACUAAAUAAAAUUAAUUUGUAAUUGUAUGUGUUUUUUUUUUUUUUUAAAGAAAUCAAGUGAACAUUUAUUACAACUAAUAUAUACGGUAAUAAACUUACCUACCUUACUUUUUUUUAAAUUUAAAUGAAAUUCGUUAACCCCUAUUAAAUAAAUAAUUGCUGUGAAUAUUAGUAUUAUAAUAAUUUCAUGAUUAUGUUGCUUUAAUCUGUAUAGUGUAUGCGGUGUAUGGCUUUAGACUGAGCGAAGCGACAAUUUUAGUAUGCAUAUGGUUUUUUUAAAUUCGUUUUUCAGUUUUUUCCAACUUCUUCACAAUCUUGCACCAAUCAAUAACCGACAAAAAAACAUUUUUUUAAACUGAUUCAUUAAAAAGUAAUUUUUUAAUUUUCCUUCUAAUUAUCAUCAAAAGAAUAAUAGAAUAUUUUAAACUAUCAUAAGUGACUAUUCUAUGCAACAUAUUGUCUGUAUGAGGAUUGAGGAGUGUAGUCAUCGUGUACAAAACACCCAUAAUGUUCUAGCAUUUCGUUUUGCCCGCUCUCCACAUUGAAAUCCUGGCUACACCAUUGCACUAGCGUAGUUCAUUUCUGUAUUUCCGUAUGUUUUCAUGAUGCAUAUAUUUAUAAAUGGUUAUUCCCCUAACGAAUUAUUACGUACACAUAAUCACGCGUUUUAUAUAAUAUACUGACAUACCUAUAUCAAUAAAUUACAGCUCCAGAAUAUUGCGACUACUCCGGUGAGAAAUGUAAAUUGGAAAUGGCGCCAUGAAAUAACCAAUCCGUCCUACUCCGAUAAUUUGUACAGUCUGGCAACACUAAAGAGUAGAUUGAAAACUGACAGGUACUACCUGAACAUCGUAGCAUACGAUAAUAUCGCGGCGGACGUGAUGUUAUACGUCGCGUUAAAAGAAGGAAAAAAAUUAAUAAAAGGGAUGAAACAUUUUAUUGGAGAUAAUUGUGAGAAUAACUUCCAUAUCGACUACCGUGACAAUUAUAUUGUAGAGUUAGAAUUCGCCAGGUCUUCGUUGUCCGUAUUCCAAUACCAUUUGGACGAUUUCAUCAAUACGUUGUUGCAAAGACGACGUAUCGACUUAAGAGAAAACAACGACUUGGUAAAAUUCAAAGAGUUAUCGACGAAUUUGUUACUAUGGACGGAUCGCCCAAAAGGUCCGGACGCCAACAUAACGAAUAUACGGGAAACAUGCAGAUUAAUUGAGACGGAAAUGAAAAACAUAGAGGCACCAAUCAAAGUUACACAAUUUGAUGUUAACGAUUUUAAAACUUUCUACAUCUUUAAUCCUACAUUUAAUGUCCGUAAAUUAAACCAUUACGUGUUUGUAAGCAUUAAAAUGUAUUAGGAUUAAAUAUUUUUGGC